CUCUUAAUAUCCACAAUGUCCGUUAUUCUCGCUGCCAGAGUUUCUCGUCAAGCCUUCCGUGCUCUUCCACAAGUCUCCAAGUUUUCUGCUGUUCAGUUUGCUCGUUACUAUGCCGGUAAAUCUUUCCCUCCGCACACUGUCAUUGCCAUGCCAGCUUUGUCCCCAACCAUGACCCAGGGUGGUAUUGCCGCCUGGAGCAAGGCCGUUGGUGACGAGUUGGCUGCCGGUGAAGCCAUUGCUGAAAUUGAAACCGACAAGGCCCAGAUGGACUUUGAGUUCCAGGACGAAGGUUUCUUGGCAAAGAUCUUGAUGGAUGCCGGUACCAAGGAUGUCCCUGUCGGUAAGCCAAUUGCUGUCUACGUCGAAGACAAGGCCGAUGUUGCCGCAUUUGCGGACUUUACCGCCGAAGAUGCCUCCCCAGCUGCCCCAUCUGCCGAAGCUCCAAAGGCCGAAGAAGCCCCAAAAACCGAGGCUAAGGCCAACACCCCAGCCGCCGCUGCACCAGCUGCCACCAAAGCUGCGCCAGCCGGUAGAAUCUUUGCGUCCCCAUACGCCAAGACCCUCGCUUUGGAGAAGGGCGUUUCCUUGAAGGACCUCAAGGGUACCGGUCCAAACGGCAGAAUCGUUGCCAAGGACGUUGAAUCCUACGUUCCACAGGCCGCUGCUUCCGUCACCGCCGCGUCGGCUACGACCGCCACCGCUGCUGCCACCGCCACUUACGAAGACAUUCCAAUUUCCGGCAUGAGAAAGGUUAUUGCCAGCAGAUUGUUGCAAUCUACCCAGCAGUCCCCAACCUACAUCGUCUCUUCCCAGAUCUCUGUUUCCAAGUUGUUGAAGUUGCGUGCCUCCUUGAACGCCUCAGCCGAAGACAGAUACAGAUUAUCCGUCAACGACUUGUUGGUCAAGGCCAUCGCUGUUGCUUCCAGAAGGGUUCCACAGGUCAACUCCGCCUGGUUGGAAGAGGCCGGUGUCAUCCGCCAGUACAGCAAUGUGGACGUUUCCGUUGCUGUUGCCACCCCAACUGGCUUGAUCACCCCAAUUGUCAAGAACGCUCACACCAAGGGUUUGUCAGAGAUCUCUGCUGAAAUCAAGGACUUGGGUAAGCGUGCCAAGGCCGGUAAGUUGGCCCCAGAAGAAUACCAAGGUGGUACCAUUACCAUCUCCAACUUGGGUAUGAACCCGGCCGUGACCAUGUUCACCUCCAUCAUCAACCCUCCACAAUCCGCCAUCGUUGCCAUCGGUACCGUGGAGGAGAAGGCCAUUAGAGACGAUACCGCCGCUAACGGUGUCGCUUGGGACCAGGUCAUCAACAUUACCGGUACCUUCGACCACAGAACUAUUGACGGUGCCCUCGGUGGUGAGUGGAUGAAGGCCUUGAAGAAGGUUGUUGAAAACCCAUUGGAAAUCAUGCUUUAG